CUCCAACCCGCAUCGUCAUCAUAACACGGAAGCAGUAGACAGUCAGUGGGGAGCAGGACAGGCACACAGACAGGCAGGGAGGUGACAGACAGGUAAAAACGGGAUUAAAGAGAAGCAGGGACAAAGUUAGGAGCGGGUGCAGAGAAACAAAGACACGCACGUAAAGAAAGACAGAGAGCGAGCAUCAUGGCGCUGAUCCCCUCGCAGGUUCUCCGGGUCGCCAUCCUGCUGUCUUACUUCUCCAUCCUCUGCCACUACAAAGCGUUAGACAUGCCGGCACACCAGACCUAUGGAGGCAGCUGGAAGUUCCUGACCUUCAUCGACCUGGUGAUCCAGGCGGUGUUUUUCGGAUUGUGUGUCCUGAUCGAUGUGUCCAGUCUGCUGACUAAAGGAGGCGACAGCAGGGAGCAGGAGCGGCAGCUGAGGAAGCUGAUUGGCCUGAGGGACUGGAUGAUGGCUGUGCUGGCCUUCCCUGUUGGAGCGUUUGUGGUGUUUACGUUCUGGACUCUCUACCUGUACGACAGAGACCUGGUCUACCCCAGACUACUGGACAACUUCAUCCCUCAGUGGCUCAACCACGGCAUGCACACCACUGUUCUCCCUUUCAUCAUCAUCGAGAUGCGGACCACCCACCAUCGGUAUCCCAGCAGGUCGUGGGGCCUGGCGGCGGUCUGCUGCUUCGGCGUGGGAUACAUCCUCUGGACGUGUUGGGUGCAUCAGGUGACAGGUGUGUGGGUGUACCCGGUGCUGGAGCGCAUCACCCCGCUGGCUCGAGUCGUCUUCUUCAGCGCGAUGACCGUCGUGAUCUGUGUUUUGUACGUACUGGGAGAAAUCCUCAACAGCUACAUCUGGGACCAGCCACACACAGAAAAGGUCAAAGGUGAGUGAUCUUCUCUCGACUGUGCGGGACAGAAGAGGACGAGUGGAGCCCCGCCCGCCUGGGACAGCACAGGAGC